AUGGUUUCCGGACACUUGGGCGAAGUGAGCAAAGCUCCCGAGUACGAGACGGUCGCGCUGCACGGCGGCCAGGAACCCGACCCGAUCAACGGCUCGCGGGCGGUGCCCCUGUACCAGACAUGCGCGUACAACUUCACCGAUGCCUCGGACGGGGCGAGCAAGUUCGCCUGGUCCAAGGACGGCUACGUGUACACUAGGAUGGGCAACCCGACCAACACCGUCUUCGAGACGCGCAUGGCCAUGCUCGAGGGUGGUGUCGGCGCCGUCGCCACGGCCAGCGGCCACGCCGCCCAGUUCAUGGCCAUCACCUCCGUGUGCGAGCCCGGCCACAACUACAUCAGCACCAUGAACCUGUACGGCGGCACGCACAACCAGUUCCGCGUGUACAUGAAGAAAUUCAACAUCAUCUGCAAGUUCGUGCAGGGCAACGACCCGCAGGACGUCAAGAACCUCAUCGACGACAAGACCCGCGCCGUCUACAUCGAGACCAUCGGCAACCCGCAGUUCAACGUACCCGACAUCAAGGCCAUCGCUGACGUGUGCCACGAAGCCGGCAUCCCGCUGAUCGUCGACAACACUUUCGGCAUGGGCGGGUAUCUCGCGCAGCCGAUCAAACAAGGCGCAGAUAUCGUCACAGCCUCGUGCACCAAGUGGAUUGGUGGCCACGGCACGUCGAUGGGUGGCAUCGUCAUCGACGGCGGCCACUUUGACUGGUCGGCCUCGGGCAAGUUCCCCGGCUUCACCGAGCCGUCCGAGGGAUACCACGGCAUGCGCUUCUGGGAGACGUACGGCUACAAGGCCCUGGCGGCCAAGCUGCGCAUGGACGCCAUGAGAGACCUGGGCCCCUGCAUGUCGCCCUUCAACGCCUGGCUCUUCCUGCAAGGCCUUGAAUCCCUCCCCGUGCGAGCCGACAGACACGUGUCCAACACGCUCGCCUUUGCCCAGUGGCUCGAGAAGCAUCCGUGCGUCGCGUGGGUCAACUACCCGGGCCUGCCAUCCCACCCGGACUACAAGCUCGCACAGCGGGUGCUGCCCAAGGGAGCCGGCGCGGUCCUGACCUUCGGCGUCGCGGGCAAUAUCGAUGAGGUUGAAGCCGUGGUCAACAACCUCAAACUGUGCUCGCAUCUGGCCAACGUUGGCGACGCAAAGACGCUGAUCAUCCACCCCUGGCGGACGACCCACCAGCAGAUCCCGGACCAGGAAAAGAUCAAGGGAGGCGUCACCCCCGACAUGAUCCGGAUCAGUCUCGGGCUGGAGCACAUCAAAGACAUAAUCCACGACUUUGAGCAGGCUUUCAAGGCCGCGGGCCUCAAGGGGGCCAAAGAUUGGGUCCCGACGUGGAAAAAGGACAUGGAGGGCGAGGAGUGGUCCAAGGGCACGUUAUACGCGCCGAAUCCCAAUGGCGUCACCAGCACAUAA